AUGUCGUUAGAAGACCAGACAGCCAAGCUUUCGCUUGCUGCCGUAUAUGUUAGCGACCAAGGCAGUGACGAGACGGGCAAAGGAACCGAGCAGGCUCCGUAUGCCACCCCGGCCUAUGCCUUUUACAUUUCCAAGAGCGAAAAGAUUCUCGUGCUCAAGGAGGGUAAAUACGAGGACAUCUCUCCCAGCGCCCUGAAAAAAGCCAAGAAGGGUGCAGAUGGCUUGGCCAAGAAGGCCGAAAAGGCGAAGAAGGCCGCGGAGGCUGCUUCGGCAAAAGCUGAUGUUGAAAGUGAGCGCCUGGAGGCCUCUAAAAACAUCGUUAUCACCGCCCCGUCCGGCGUGGAAGAGGCUGUGCGCACUAAAAUUAUCAAGGCUACCCCGUACCGUGGCAAGCGGAUCCAGGUCAGUGGUUGGAUUCACCGCUUGCGUCAACAAAAGGGUUUUACGUUUAUCGUGCUCCGCGACGGCACCGGUCUUUUGCAGGUGAUUCUUUCUGGCGACCUUUCUAACGCCUACCAGACCCAGCGUUUGACCCUCGAGUCUACUAUCACUGUUUACGGCGAGCUCCAUCCUCUCCCUGAGGGUAAGAGUGCCCCCGGCGGCCACGAGCUUGUUGCCGACUACUACGAGGUUGUUGGUUUGGCGCCUUCUGGAGACGAUGCGUUCUCUAACCAGCUCCAGGCUGACACCGACCCCUCAAUCUUGCUGGACCGCCGUCACUUGGCCCUUAGAGGCGACGCUCUCACCUCUAUCAUGAAGGUGCGGGCUGCUCUGCUCAAGUCUAUCCGCUCUGUUUACGAGGAUGAGGGAAUCACUGAAGUCACACCUCCCUGUCUCGUUCAGUCGAUGGUCGAGGGUGGCUCUACUUUGUUUAAACUUGAUUACUAUGGUCAGAAUGCCUACUUGACCCAGUCGUCUCAGCUCUACCUUGAGACCUGUGUGCCCGCUUUGGGUGAUGUCUACUGUAUCCAGGAAUCUUUCCGGGCCGAGCGCUCGCACACUCGUCGUCAUCUGAGUGAAUAUACACACAUCGAGGCCGAGCUUGGGUUCCUUACCUUUGAGGAGUUGCUGGGCCAUGUUGAGCGCAUGUUUGUGUCUCUUGUCGACAAGGUUCUCAAAGACCCUGUUGCCGGACCUUUGGUCAAACAGCUCAACCCCAAAUUCGAGCCUCCUCAGCUUCCCUUCAUGCGUAUGACCUACGUUGACGCACUGGAGUGGUUGAACGAGCACGGCAUUCCCAACGAAGACGGGGAGGAGUUCAAGUUCGGCGACGACAUUGCCGAGGCCGCCGAGCGGAAGAUGACCGAUACGAUCAACAAGCCCAUUCUGCUCACCCGUUUCCCCGUCGAGAUCAAGUCGUUCUACAUGGAAAAGUGCAAGGAUGAUCCCCGGGUUACCGAAAGUGUCGACGUGCUUAUGCCCAACGUCGGUGAGGUUAUGGGUGGCUCCAUGCGUAUUUCCAAGCUCGACGAGCUCAUGGCUGCCUUCAAGCGCGAGAACAUGGACCCUGCUCCUUACUACUGGUUCAGCGAUGUUCGCAAAUACGGCGCUUUCCCACAUGGUGGGUAUGGCCUGGGCACCGAACGCAUUCUCGCUUGGCUCUGCGACCGCUUCACCGUGCGCGACUGCUCAUUGUACCCACGCUUCCCUGUUGCCGUUACCGUCCCCGUUGCAAUUGCCAUUGCUGCUUGUGGAUUUGAGGUACUCGGGGCUGCUAUCUCUACUCGCGCCACUUUGAGGUUGGCUGUGGCGGUUACCAAGCCAGUCAGAUCGGCUGCCGCUCCGGCUUUGUCGGCGCUGCUUGUCAAUCAGCUCGUCGAGCGAUGA